UCGUUUACCGUGUUUCUCUUUCCAAGCUCGAACCCUCCAAGAAAACCCAUGAAUAGAACUUCACCACUUCCAUCGUUCACCACCAGAAUAUCAAUAACCAAGAAGUAGAGUACUUUUUCUCCACAAAAUCAGAAAACACUAAGAGCGGUUAAUCAAUUACAAAUCAAAACCUAUCUGUUAUUUUUAAAUUUUCUCUUAUUAAGUUAUUUAUUGAUUUUUCAGAGAUUUUGAAGAUGGAUAAAAAGAUGAUUAAUCUCGUUCCCUAUAAUCGUACACUAAUUGCUGGGGUAUGAAGGAGUUUACUGUGAUGGAUGCAACUGCACAAAUGGUUCUAACAAUGUUGAGAACGAGACUCUAGGCAUGAGGCUGUGGAAGCUACAUUAGAAGUAAUGUGAAUGUAUUCUGGCCAAAGAUUUCUAGUAGUCCUCAUGGAGUUCGUGACACCAAGCUUUUUGGGUUCCGAAAUCCACUUGUUCAGCGGCUACUUCGUGAGCUUAUACAAAUGUCAGUGGGAAAGCACAACAGAGAACUUUUAUCCUCAAAUUUUAGUAAUGGGGAUGGAGGAGUAGAGCCUGAAACGCUGUCGCCAGAUUCAAUCUUAUAUCCCGACCUAUCACCAUCCCUAGGGAAGCCACAGAACAUGAGAAAGAGAACUAGGAAACAGCUAGUGGGGAAAGCCUAAAAGACUCCAAACUCAAGUUUCUUUCGACAAUACUGAUAUUUCUAUUACUACUGGAGGUAAUGGAAGUUCUCAUAAUGGAAGAAGAUGUUUAUCCUCUUCAACUUUAAAGGAAGAUUGCUGAGUAAACAAGGAUACUGGAGCUGCACCAUUAUUACUUUGGUUGACAAGGGAAUUGAUCCAAUCCCAAUCGACCAGUCUCUUGAAUAUGCAGAUUAUCAUGGACAGAAAUUGGUUUUAUCGCAGGAGAUCAGAUUUGUUGGUCCCCGUCAUUCUUCAUUCAGUUGUUUGCCCAGUGAUCCGUCUAACGAGGAGAUAAACAUACUUUGGAACUUCUACACGGUAAUCCUGGUAUUCCUAAGAAUAUCUCUUUUUAUAAAAGAUCUAUCUUUGGAGUUUUCAGCUGUGAAAAGUGCAGGUGAAAAUGAAGCUGGAAUUCUCAUCGAGGGCCAUAAUGUCCAUGAGCAAGUGAUGAGUUUUGGUCCAGACGGCUUAGAGGAUGGCCAAUUUGGGGAUCAUGAUGUUGACCACAGACCUUUGUGUUGUGAUUUAGUUACAGAUAGUAACACAUCUUUUAAGCAGACGAAUAUAACCUUGAUACUUGGAAGUCAGUUGUAUGUGGUGGUGAAGAUCAAGAGUUCUCGAACCUUAAUGCUGAAACCGGUGGAAAAGUUCUCAAACCUUAUUACUUGGAAGUCCUUCUUGGUGAAGUAUCUGAUGCUCAAAACAAAAUGGUGGGAAAUGAUUAUUUCGUACCCCGACUCUCCUUUAAGUUGCAUUUCUCCAAAUCCCGUUGGAUACAGAACCACCAAUUAAUGCACCUCUUAAUACAAAUGGGAACUUUCCUAUCUGCGUAUACUAGGAGCAUUAGGCCUAGAAAAGGCUCAGUAACAACCAUGGCUUGUACUUUAAAAGUUGAAAUUCAAUGUUAUAGCUGACUGUAGGCGACGCCUAUAAUGAACCCGACGUUAUGGUCACAUACAUUUUUUUUUGUUUGUAGCCAGAUGAUAAUCCUCCCCAAAAAAAAGUGGUUUAGCCAAUAUGUCAAUCUUUUGUGAUGUUUGACAAAUGUGUCUAUUUCUUAGUAUAUGUGUGUCUAAUAAACCAUAUACUAUGGACAAACGAA